AUGUUGCAUUCUCUGAUAUCCAGGCAUUCUGGGUACUUGGGCAGCACCAGCGGUUCCUGCAGCUCCAAGUCCUACCACAACAUGGCCUACAACCCGUGUGCACGGUAUGCCGAAAACAUCCACUCCGAUCCGCCGUUUCGGAAGACCCUCUGUCCUAUGCGCACCGAGCCCGGCGUAAUCACGGCUCAGAGCUACGCGGGCCGCCGGGCACAUACGACACGCUACGUCAUCGUCAACGAACACGAAGCUCGCAAGAAGCUAAUGCGCUCAAAUACACGCAUACCGAGACAUUACCGCCUCGCGGACGAACCGACAGAGAUCGUAGAGCUUUAUCCACGCAACGUGAAGUGCUACAUUCCUCGUACUCCUCACCGAAGCCACCAGCCACACCUCAGUGAGGAAGAGGAGGAGGAAGAUCCGAAGAGCAGCACGAGGAGGGGGUCGUCCAAACAGUCGAACCGUCCAAGAUCGCUGUCGGAUAUCCAUCAGACCGCACGAUUCUACAUUGGCAAUACGAUAAACAGACAGUUGUCUAUGGAGCAGGGUUUAUACGGCGAUGAAGAAGAGGACGAUCAAGAAGAUGACUGGGGAAACGACCCUCAAACAAACAUCCGAGGCCCAGAGUCGGCUCACAGGUACGGCGAACCAUACAUCAAGCACAAGACCAAGCAUAAAGUGGAGCCGUCGCUGAGCGAGUCGGAUUCGGCAUCGCUGGCGUCCAGUAGUGACCAACAAAACAGCAGCACUGACCAAUACAUCCAAGUCAUUCACAACAAAGAGAAGUACCUGAAGUCGAGCGCCAAGCUGACCAAAAAGAAAUCCAAGAACAGCGUUAAACUCAAUGUGUCUGGUACUAAUGAUUUUGUCUGCUCCAACGUUUAA